CUGGAAAUCUCCACAUAUAAUUACCGUCUUCAAAUGGGGCUUUCUCUCCUCAUAGAAUCUUCCCCUGGAAUCUCUGAGGUGAAGUUUGAUGAGAGGACCCCUGCCAAGCACCAUCUGAUUGUCUCCUGGGAACAGAGGAACUCUUGCAUGCUGCCUGAUGAUCUGAAGAAUUUUUAUCUGAUGACAGAUGGAUUCCACAUGUCCUGGAGUGUCAAGCUGGUGGACAGCACUGUUCAAGUGAGAUCUAUGAGGCUGAUGUGCUUCUGCUUAGGAAAGAUGUGA